AUGUCGGGAACGAACAGCACCUUCACAAAGGAACUAUUUCACCAUUGCAAAGAUUUGGUCGACGUCUAUCCCGAAUACUGUAGGUAUGAUGAUUCAUACUAUGAGUACCGACUCUGGAUAGUACCCAACGCCCUCUUUCUAGGCCUCUUUUCUAUAUCAUUCCUGGGCUAUGGAGGUGUUUGGGGGUUGACCCGUUUCCAUAAUGCCAAAUUCUCGGUUGUGAUGAUGUUGGGAGUGCUGUGCGAGAUCUUGGGCUACACGGGCCGUGUCAUGAGCUGGCUGGAUCAAUGGGACGAGAACGGAUUCCUAAUCCAGAUCUGCUGCUUGACCAUCGGUCCUGCCUUUAUGGCAGCAGGUAUCUACUUCUGCCUCCGAAAUAUUGUCGUGAUAUUCGGAGCGGAGAAUUCGCGGCUCAAGCCUGGAUGGUAUCCUCGCAUCUUCAUCCCUUGCGACGUUAUUUCGUUGAUACUGCAAGCUGUUGGUGGCGCCAUGGCGUCCAUCGCAAGUCACAAUAACACCAACGUCAAGCCGGGAAACAACAUCAUGAUCGCUGGCUUGGCCUUCCAAGUCUUUACAUUGUUCGUCUUCAUCAUCCUCGUUGUGGACUUCGCCAUUCGGACUCUCCGGAACCAGUCAAGGCUCAAUACGAAUCCUGCCUUGGUAUCCCUGAGAACUUCGACACGCUUCCGGCUGUUCCUCGGCGCACUCAGCGUGAGCACCAUCUGCGUAUUCUGGCGGUGCGUGUUCAGAGUUGCCGAGCUGAGUGAAGGCUGGUCCGGUCCGAUCAUGAAGCAGCAGAACCUGUUCGUCGGCUUCGAGGGCAUCAUGAUCGUCGUUGCCGUGCUGGUCCUGAAUGUGUGGCACCCCAAUCUGUGCUUCAGAGGUAUGGAGGACCACGUCAAGACAAACGGUACUACAAGUGAUGUCGGCGUCACCGAGGAGGCAAAGGGGCCGUCGCUGCCAACGUCGUUGGCGACGAGCGUCGACGAGCACCAACGGUAUUGA